UGCCUCGAACUCUGCAGGUAAAUAGUUCUUUACACCCACAGUGUGUAAACACCAGGGGUAACUACAGUAAUGUGCCUGGUGUCGUAUAGUACUGAAGGAAUACUGAUGCAGUACUAAGGACUUAUAUCUACAAAGUACCACUUUUUAACUAGUGCAUUGAUUUUCCAUUAUUAUUGUCUGGGUGACACAGUUGUUGGGAUUUUGUAAAUGUGUGUUCAACAGUUUUACUGAACGCCUGACAAACUGGUGCGUGAAGAUUCACUUGUGCACCGCUUGGUGGAGCUACGGCGACUAGAACGCCACCACAUGGAUGGGAUCCUGGUACAUGCAUCUGUACCUGCAACAUUAGUACAGUUGCAACUAUCGAGGAAGGAUAAACCUGUGUUUGGACAUACUAUUCGUGUCAUCCCACUAAUCAACUUGACAGGUCAUAAAAACGAGACCACGUGAUCUGAAAACCUCGAACAACACCUCUACGGACAACCCGUUGUAUCAGGACUUUCGGUUCAAAGGUUAUCCAUCAGAGGGUUUCAACAAUCCUCACAACCCACAAUACAAGAGGAAUUCAGCUGCUGAUAUGAAUGGGUCCGAUGUGAACAGAUAUUUUGGGAAAACACAGCAUUUUGAUUCAGCAAGAAAGACAGAGCUGGUUGCACCGAAACCACAGGCAUCUGAAAUUGUCACUUACCACCCUGGUGAUGCAAGACCAAAGUUAGACGAGGGUCACAGGAGUAUUCAGUACGGGUCAGGGGACCCCCGAAUCGACGAAUCGCAACAGGUGCGCCCAAGCCCAAUGAAGGGCUUCGAUAACAGAAAUGAAAGCGAACGGGAUAGAUUACGACGAGAAAUGAUCGAAACUGAACAGGAUCGGCAGCGUCUCCGAUACCAGGAUGAAAUGAGAAUGCGGGACAGAGUGGAGGAGAGGAAACGGCACGAGGAACUUAUGGAGCAGAAGAGACAGGAUAUGGAAAUGUUAAAAAAUUACAAUCCUUGGGGUCGACCAGGGGGCGGAGCACCUAUGGCCGACUCCAGAAAGCAGAAAUUUACUGAACACCAACUCGAACUUCCGGAGGACAAGGUUUAUAAGGAUAACUGGGAGCCUGCCUACCCUGAGUUAGAAAGGAUUGAUUUUAGGAAAGAAAUAGCUCAGAGCUAUCAGAGCGACGAUUCUAACAAUCACAAUAAGUUUAAGGAGAACUGGGAACUAUUCGCUUAUGAUGACAAUCCCAUGCGUCUUCGAGUCCACCCCGGUAAGGCAACAGUGAUGCAUGAAUUGGUUCGUAAAUUUCAGGACAGACCUGGCUAUAAUCCAUCCGGGCCAAGAGAUAGUACAAGGCUUGACCAGAUCAGCCGAGACCCAGCUAAUAUGGGGUCUCCGAAGAAUAACUCACCCCACGAACCGAAAAACGAACAAGGCGAGAUUGUUCCAAGCCCCCCAGCUGCUUGCAGUGGUUCUAUAGUUGAUCGUCUUGGAACCCCCGGGGGCGGGGCUCCCCUCAAAACCGGUUCCGGAAAUCAUAUGAAAACUCGUAUGAACUCUGCCAAAAUAAUCCGCUUUCAGAAUGGAAGCAAAUGGGAAGUCGAAAAUAUUAUGCGGUAUGAUAAGGACUCGCUAGCAAAAGAGGAGUAUUCCAAGGAUCUCAACAUGCAGCAAAAGCAGGAAACCCUCCGAAACCAGGAAGAAAAAUUACAAAACCUCAAACAGGAACUAAAUCACUUAAAGGCAGCCACAACUGACAGACGGCCAGAUUCCUUCCAAGAGAGGAGACAGUUUGAUGAGUAUGAUCCUUGGGGAAAAGGAAUAGGCAACCCCCUUCGAAAUACUGAUGGAUAUCUGAUGAACAUCAGAAAGUCUUUCAGGAGUAGGAAGAAUGGUUUCGGUGAUUCCUACGACAGAGGAGGUAAUCCACGCACAGCCCCGGAAACAAACCGAAGUGCUACGAAUCCCUUUGAGGAGUUCGACAAUCUCGGAAAGAUUGGGAAGCCCAGGAAACCAAACAUGGAGCUGCAUCCCAUUUAUCACCCAUUUGGAAAAUCCGGAGGAGGGGCACCAGUGAAGGAUACUACGGGAAGGGUCAACACAGUGUUACACGGUCACUCCGAUCGGCAUUAUUUAAGAAAUAACUUAACGGAUUACGAGAGAAGACAGAAUGCUAUCAAAGCCAAGAUCUACUAUGCUGAGCUAGGAGAGCAACUGGAGCAUCAACAGUACAAGAAACAAAUGGAAAUUGAAGAAAAGAAAAGACCGCAUGGCGAAUUGGCUGUUAUCAUUGAUGAUAAGUUAACUGGCAAACCUAGAAGAGACCCCAUAACUGGGGCUUUAAAAAAUCACCACCUGGGCAAUUCUGACGUGUCCCUUCAGAAAAUGGGAAGCCAGCCACGGAAUUUUGUAGAGCAGAGACAAUACCACGAUUACUUGGAUGUCAUGAACGAAGAGAGGUUCCGCAGAAAUGCUCUGGGCAAAAUGAAGGAUUUCCAGGAAGGAAAGAAACAUUAUGAUACGAUGGAUGGCAUCUGGGGGAGACCAGGUGGUGGGGCACCAAAGGGGUACACCAUGCGAAAGUUCAACCUAAAUGACAUCAUUCACCGGCCUACGAAAGAUAAAGCCCCAGUGGCUGGAGAGUAUAUGAAAAACCACGACUGGUCAGAGGUUAACCCGGACAAGUUCUUUUCAAAAGAUGACGAUGAGUAUUACGCAACCCAGAGGUCCCCCCGACAGAACCCCAUGCUAUCCGCCAGAGAUAUUCAGGAGGGGCGGUUAUCCCCUGGUUCCAUACCCAAGAAAUAUAUAAAGAGCACUGUCACGAGUACUCACGCCAAUAUGUAUGACUAUAAAGAAGACUACCCUCAGAAAGACUACAAAGUCGGUGCCCCUUACGCUACAGUGAACCAUGGUUAGCGGAAGUGACGUAUAGGAAGUACAUCACACAAGGGAAUUCUUAUAACAAUAUUACCGUUUUAUAAAUGAUCCUUGUUGCUCAAAUUUGCUUAAAACUCUGUCUAAUAGUUGGAAAUAAUUCUUGUAUAGAAAUAUUAGGUCCAAAUGUUUGGAGCAUAAACUAUCAAAUCAAGAUUUAGAAGAAUAUGUACAGUAUUAUAAAGCUGCAAAAUCGUCUAAAAGCGAUGUUUCUUUAGCAUACAAUUUGAAAUCUCAGAUCUUCUCAUGCCAGAGAAUAGUCUGUUAUACAGUGCGGCAAGAGACGUUAAAUUUGAGAAAUGUUAGAUAUAUUCUAUUCCAGUUUGAUAUGUGGAGAUGGGUAAUUUAUCGGCUGUAAAUACUCUCUAUAUAACUUAUUCACGAUGUCAUAGUUUAGGUUAUGCAUUACGUUACGCUUAUUGUACUUAGAUUUUUAGGUAUGGUUAGUAUUUUUUAUUCGUUUCAUUUAUUCUUUUUAUUUAUUCAUUUAUUUUUUGCUUUUGAAUGGUAUCUUGAAUCACUUUGGUAUGGAAUGAGAGACGAUAAAUGUACAAAUAAUGUAUUAUUUAUAAUUAUACAUGUUGAUUUCGUUUUCGGUCUUCUUUUACAAAUUUUCAAAUCCUGAAGAUUUAUAAAGGAAGAUAGGUUUGAUUGUAAUUAUUUUAUUUUUCAGGGUUUUCAGUGUUUUUUAUUUCAUUUGUGUGUCAAUUUUAUUGAGUUUUUAUCAAUUUUGAAAAGGCUCUAAUCAAGCGAAGCUGUGAUAAACUGUUUUCUGUUUCAAUAUAAACAUAUUUUUAUGUAUUUUAUAUUUGAAAGGAAAGCAAAAUUAGAUUUGUUUGACCACGUUUUUAAGUUUGCAUAAGUCAAAGUCAUUAAUGCCAUUUUUCAUUUUCAAAAUUCAUUAAAUUUUCUAAGAAGGUAUUAAAGCUUUAGUGUUUUAAAUGUUUUUGAAAUUGAGUUGAUCUGGUAUAUGUAUCCCAAUAUAUUUUCUUCAAGCAUCUCUGUUCCAAAAAACGUUUUCAUGUGUACUUAUUAAUUCAACUUGUAUGUAUUUAAUUUCCCGUCAUUACACAGGUAUGUCCAUUUUGACUUUAUUUGUUUUUGUGUAUCCGUCCAUGAAUGUAAUCAAAGAAAAUAUUUAUUAUAAGUUUAUGUCUACAUUGUAUAACUACAGGAUGCUAAGGAGCACUUCGUUUUCUUGUUACUUGAACGUCCUAUUAAAUUAUCCAAUCCGUC